CAAAGCUCCGGAUCUGCAACCGAGUAGUGCGACGCAAAGGCAACUGGCGGCGACGAUCGGCGUCUUCGCCGCCGGCGCCACCCUGAUUGCGGCUGGCAUCACCAAGUCGGCGAAGUAGGGCUCUGCAGUGAUGCAGAAAUAUUCUUAUGGGUUCGUGACCAGAAGUUCUUUGUUCAACGAAGGUGAAUCUGCGAGGGAGGGAGCGAAGGAAGAAGAGAGAGGUCAGUCGAAUCGAACGUGUGCCUUGAGAUUUUGCUUUAAAAUCUCCGCCUCCGGCUUCUCCUCCCCUGUAUCGGAUCGUUUGCGCUUCUGGGUUGGUCUCGGCUUCGGCUCCCCUCAUCUGGGUUCAGGCGCUCGGCCGACGUUCGGUCUUCGGUUCGGUGUUGUUCUGUUCCCGAUUGCGAUCACAUUUUUUAUCACACGGUGGAAGGAAGCUAUUGCAGCAGACCAUGUAAAGUUGUUCUUGCUUCCUGAAUCUGAACCUCCGGGAUCCCCUGAGACCCAAACUGACUGCCAAGGAUCUCCAGAAUUUGGCGAACGCAGCAUUCUUGGAAAUGCAGAGAACCGGAUAGUAAAUGGUGGUACCAGAGGGAAACAGAGGAAAAGGGACAAGAAGAAAAGGGAGAAACAGAGGGAAAAAAAAUCUGCGGAGGCCAGUUCUGCCUCAAGUGAUUCAUGA